AUGGCUACGAAGCAAGCUCAUAAGAGAUUAACCAAAGAGUACAAGUUGAUGGUGGAAAACCCUCCGCCAUAUAUUCUUGCCCGUCCUAAUGAAGAUAACAUUUUGGAGUGGCAUUACAUUAUCACAGGUCCUGCAGAUACUCCUUACAAGGGGGGCCAAUAUCACGGAACCUUAACUUUCCCGUCGGAUUAUCCGUACAAGCCACCGGCUAUCAGAAUGGUUACACCGAAUGGGCGUUUCAAGCCCAAUACGCGAUUAUGCCUUUCAAUGAGUGAUUAUCAUCCUGAUACCUGGAAUCCUGGUUGGUCUGUAUCUACCAUUUUGAAUGGAUUACUGAGUUUUAUGACUAGUGACGAAGCUACGACAGGAUCAAUUACCACGUCGGACCAUCAAAAGAAGAUGCUGGCAAGAAAUUCUAUAAGUUAUAAUUCUUUUCAAAACGUUAGGUUCAAACUGAUUUUUCCUGAAAUUGUAGAAGAAAAUGCACAAACUUUAGAAAAGAGAAAGUUAAUGGAGGGGGAAGAUACAAACACAGGCGAGGAAACAGAAGAUGCUUUUACAAAAGCAGCAAAGGAGAAAGUAAUUUCCUUGGAAGAAAUCCUAGAUCCGGAAGAUAGAAUACGUGCUGAACAAGCAUUGGGACAAUCAGAAGCUAACUCUAAAAAAAAUGGGAAGGAACUUAAUGGUAGUUCCUCCAUGGUUUAUAUCGGUAUCGCCCUCUUUUUGUUUUUGGUUGGCCUUUUUAUGAAAUGA